GACUUCUUUAUCACGGUGAUGGGCCGCACGUUAGCGCUGAGAUUGUCAACCUAAACUCCAUGGCAAGUUGCACUUUCAUUUUUAGAUGAAUACAAGUUGCAUUUUCUAUUUCUAAAUGAAUGCAAGUUGCAUUUCUUUCACAAAAAAGGUUACUUGUUGAUGUUUCCUCCAUAUUGUUAAUCGAGCACCAGGCAAAUUCAAUCCAAAUACUAAAUUGUGCCGGUUGUGUUUCUCUGCUAUAUAACUACGCACACAAGUCAUUUGUUGCUUAUACGAAGCUUCUUGGUUUGCAUGAUUGCUUCUCGGCAAUGCAAGAACCCAAGAGUGCCAUGGUGUUCAGCUUCAGUUGCUCGGCAAAUAGAAGACUGCCAUGGAUCUUGGCUUUGCUGCUCAUGAUGACUCGAGGCGAUGGCCAGUCUACUCCGGGGUUUCUAAGCGUAGAUUGUGGAUUCACAAACGAUAGUCCCUACAAGGACAGCACCACGGGACUCCUGUUCCUUCCUGACCUUAAAUUUGUCGAGGGCGGUGUGAGCAACAAUAUUUCAGCAGCAUUCAUGGCUGAUGCCCCAUAUGAGAACCAGAAAACCUUGAGGAGCUUUCCUCAGGGCAAACGGAAUUGCUACACACUGCCAUCGACAAUUGGGAAGAAGUUUUUGUUGAGGGCUAUGUUUACUUAUGGCAACUACGAUGGGUUGAACAGGAGUAUGGACGGGUCACCUUUUCUGUUCGGGCUCCAUAUUGGCGUCAACUUCUGGGAUACGGUGAACUUAACAAAUAUGGAUCCAUCGAUCACGGAUUGGAAGGAGGUACUCACCAUUGCUCCGAGCAACUUCGUAUCCUUCUGUCUGAUAAACUUCGGUUCAGGGACUCCGUUCGUGUCUUCCUUGGAGCUGAGGCCACUGCUAGAUCCGAUGUACCCUUUUGUGAAUACAAGGGUAUCAGUCGGCUAUUUUAGACGGAUCAGAUUUGGCAAUGCCACUGAAUAUAUCACAAGAUAUCCAACGGACCCUUACGACCGGUUUUGGGAGGGCUGGUCUUUCUCCUACAGCUCCUACCCCUGGAUUAGCCCCAGCACUAGCAACAAAGUGGAGAUUCUCCCAGGAGACGACUACUUCAAUGUGCCGAUGGCCAUCUUCCAGAAGGCCACGACCCUAGACGCAAACUACUCCUUCAUGAGCCUCGGCAUGGCAAAGGGUCCUAAUUGGGACCAUGAGAGUGUCCGCCUUCUCCCGAUCUUCCACUUCGCUGAAAUCAAUGGUAGCAACCCGAACAGAAGGUUCGACAUCUACAACGAAGGCGAUUUGCUGCACCGGGGCUUCUCCCCGUCGCUUUUACAGGCCAACAGCUUGCACGACAGCGGGCGGUUCUUGUAUAACGGCAAUGCGUUGUACACCCUGAAUAAGACGCGCAGCUCGAUCCUGCCACCGCUCAUCAAUGCGCUUGAGGUGUACUCGCUCAUUCGGAUGGAAAACUUCACCACUGACUCCGAGGAUGGUAAGAUCGAUCAUCAACGUAGAUAUUGCACGCAUAUCCGCAUAUAACAAAUAUAACAUGUAGGAGUAUGUGGCAGAUUCGCAUUAUCAUGAUGCAGUUUAUUCAGUUGAUGAACAACACCUCCAGGCUCCAACUCUCUGCAUUUAAAAAAAUCUUAAUGACAAAAAUCUCAUUGUGUAC